AUUUAACAAAAGUUUAUUUUAUCGUAAGUUGAAAUAGUGAUCUUGUAAGUCGCAUUGGGUAUUGAGAGACUGGAAAAUGGAAUCAUCCUGUUCUCUAUGUUUGCAAGUAAUUACUUUUAUUGCUUGGUUCGGAUUAGGCAUAGCUAUGAUUGUAAUGGGAGCGAUAUAUAAAGAUGAAUGUCCAAUCCAGCCAUCCAUACCUAUCUUUCUGUUGGUUGCCGGAGUCACACACUUGGUGUUUAUUAUAUUGUUGUUUCUCAGACGUGUCCUGGAGACAUGCAGCAUAGUUCUAGAAGCUUUGAUUGGCAUGUUUAGCUUUGCUUGGUUCAUAACAGGAAGUGUUUGGGUGUUUAGUCUGUACAGUAAAAAUAUAGAUUCGAGCCAAUGUGACCAAAAUCUUUACUUCUUUGCUUUUGGAUUCUUGAUAUUUCAAUAUGUUGUCAUUGGCCUAAGCUUAAUCGUUCCAUGCUUUGGUUGUUCAGUAAGGUCAUUUUUCUAUGAGAGGUGAGUAGCUUUUAUAGAUGUUUUCGAUAUUUCUU